GAGCCAAGUUACAUUUGGGGCGGAGGGAUUUCUAAGCGGUAAGAGAAGAAAGUCGAGAACUUGAAAAAUGGCAUCGGUAAAAAGUUCGAAUGUUUCCGUCGAACCUUUUGAUGGACGUGGCGAUUUUACUCUGUGGCAACAACGAGUAAAAAGCGUUCUUACUCGGGAAGGGACAAUCAAAGCUCUGAAGGUGAAGGUUCAGAGGACAGAAAAAAUGACGGAUGCUGAGUGGGCCAAACACCGAAAGAACGACAAACCGGAAAAAUUGUCGGAAGAAGAGUGGGAGGAUUUGAAGGACAUGGCAACAAGUACAAUAUGCCUAUGCCUUGCAAAUAAUACUCUUCGGGAGGUUCUUGGUUUGACGGACCCGGUGGAUAUUUGGGACAAGCUGGAGAGCCGGUACAAGUCGAAAUCGUUGACAAGUAGGCUAUACUUGAAGAAACGAUUGUUUGGUCUCCAAAUGGCGGAGGAAGCUAACUUUAAUGGACACUUGGAUGAAUUCAACAAGAUUACAACAGAGUUGGAAUCCAUUGAUGUGAAGAUUGAAGAGGAGGACAAGGCGCUGCUUUUGUUGGCUUCAUUGCCUUCAUCUUUUGACAACAUCGUGACCACGCUUUUGUUUGGAAAAGAGACCUUAAAAUUUGAUGAAGUAGUUGCUGCGUUGUUGAUGAANGAGGACGUUAAGGAAAAGUUUGAUACCUAUCAAACUUGUGAUGGGGGUGCUGUGAAGAUGGCAAAUGGUGCACGGAGCAAAAUUGCAGGGGUCGGAACAGUGCAAGUUCGCAUGUUUGAUGGCGUGGUGAGAACAUUAACUGGAGUGAAACAUGUACCGGAUCUAAAAGGAAAUUUGAUUUCAUUGGGGGCUUUAGACUCAGAAGGCUACCGAUUUUUUGCUCAAGGUGGAGUGUUAAAAAUUUCUAGGGGAGCAAUGGUGGUAGCAAAAGGAGUUUUGUCAAAAGGCUUGUAUAAACUUGUAGGAAAAGAUUUGACACGGAAGUUGCCAGAAGGAAAAAUUACAAGUGCAACGAGCGGAGCAUUUGCAUGGAAGAAGCGGGUGACAUUUGAAGAUUCUCAGGUUGGUGGAGACUAUGACCUCGCCGGAACGAGCGGGGUGGAGCCGGACCAUGGUUUGAUUAAUUAAUCAAGGUGGAGUUUGUUGGGAUUGAUUAAUUAAAAAGAAAAAAAAAGAAAAAAAAAGGAAUAUGCAUGCAUACACACCAAUGCAUGUGAAGUGGACCCAUGCAUGUGAAGUGGAGUUGUCUCCUUCUCUUGGUUCUUGGUGGUGUACGAAAAUAAUGGGAAUAUGGGAUGGAGAUGUUUUUUUUGGCCUUCACCUCUUAUAAGAGGAAUCCUUUUCUUUAUAAUUGUGUGUGGGUUGACACACGGCCAAGAGAGAAGAAAAGAGGGAAAUGGUG